CACGAUGACUCAUCCUACGAGUAUAGCACGCCACCAACCUAGAUCAUUACAACAACUCCGACAUCUAAGCUUACCCAUAGUACCAACCUACGAUCCUGAAUCGGGUCAAUGGAAAGUAAUACCCUAUAUAGUGAGGAGUCCAGAUGCAAAACGGCCACGUAUUGAGGGUCCAGAGACGGGGGAUGCCACUGAGGAGGAUAUACUCCCUACUCCUACUGAGGGAUCGAGAUCACCUACCAAUGCUGGCGACCCUGUGCCUGAGCAUGGUGUACAACCAGCUCACAUGCCGAUAGAUGAUGGUAUUACUCAUGAACAACGGCAUGCACCUAUGGGGAAGAAUAGUCCGCAAAAGACUAGUACUUCUGCUACUACUGGAUCGGACAAUACAUCUGAUAAAAUGAAUGCAUUUUCAACUUCACAUAUCGAAGAGGAACGCCAAAAGGCGAUGAUGGUACACCUGGUACCAUUACGGGGCUCUGAUGGGAGGUGUCCGGAAAUAGAAAGGAUUCUUACACGGGAUAAGCCAGAUAUACUCAUAGGUCGUCAACGUAGCGGUAGUGGUGGUAAUGUUGUAACCUGCGCCCACGAAUCUUGUAGUAAACGACAUUUAAUGGUCAGCCUCAAGGCUAAAUUACUUGAAAAUCAAAAACCUCAAUUGAUAUUGACAGCCCGAGACCUGAGUAAGAGUGGUAGUUAUAUUAAUGGUCGUAAAAUGAAGCGCCAUUCUUUGGUUGAGUUGGGCCUCGGAAACGUAUUGCAUAUUACUAAUAAUACCGCUGGCGAUGACUUAGAUGCCGAAGUGGGUUGGAGGGUAGCGGACGCAAGUACUACCAUCGCCUAUUGGUCGAGUAAUCGUUAAUGUAUACAUUCUCACGUUUAUUACUCACGGUUGCAUCAUUUC